UUAAUUAAGAUAAUUUUCAAUAUAUAGAGUUUAAAAUCAUUUGCUUAUUAUAUAUAGAGUUUAAAAUAAAAUAAUGUAAAAAGUUUCAUUUAGUUUGUUUAGUUUUAGUUGAGAGAGGAAUAAUAUUUAAGAAAUGAGUGACGAUAGUGAUAUUGAAGACAUAAAUGUUUGUCGUAAAGGCAAACGAAAAAUUUGUGUUGUUAAUGAUAGUAAUUCAGAUUCAGAUGAUUCUCAAAUUAUAAAUAAUAAUCGUAGACGACGUUUACAGAGAGUUGAAAGCGAAUCAGAAGGUGAAUCUGAUUCUAGUUUAGUCCAUAAACGUGGAAAAACUAAAAAAAUGUGUGUUGUAAGUAGCGGAAGCUCUGACGAUGAUGCCGAAGAAGACGAUAGUCAAUGUUCAACAGACAAUGAUAGUGGUGCAUCAUCAUACGAAGAAUCCGAUGAAGAUGAUACUCAAGAUGUGGCCGCUGCAAGUGCUACUACACAAUCCCAAACCCAAUCAAAAGAAAGUGGUAAUUGGUCAGAUAGUAGUGAUGGACAAUCGGAGAAAUGUCCAAUAUGUUUGUUAACAUUUAAAACACAAGAUAUUGGUAGUCCGGAAACAUGUGAUCACACAUUUUGUGUGGAAUGUAUACAGGAAUGGUCGAAAAAUGUGAACACAUGUCCGGUGGAUCGACAAGAGUUUACAUUAAUAUUGGUGCGACGUGAAUUACAUGGACGUGUUGUACGUCGUAUACCGGUCACACGGAAACAAGCUACUGAUGAAUUGAUGACUGGGGGAGAUGGUGGUGCGAUUGUUGAUUUAACUUAUUGCGAAAUAUGUGGACAAAGUGAUCGUGAAGAUCGUAUGUUGUUGUGUGAUGGUUGUGAUUUAGGAUAUCAUAUGGAAUGUUUGGAACCACCAUUGGAUACGGUUCCUGUUGAUGAAUGGUACUGUUCAGACUGUUCACGAGACAAUUCAGGUCCAUUAGCAGAUGCAGUUGAAAUCUAUGAAGGUGAAUUAGAUGCAUUAAUCACAGAAAUGGAAGAAAUCGGUGGUGGACGUUUAGCGCCAAGACGUCGUCGAUUAUUACCACGUACUCGACAAAGUGAACGUGUACGUGCAAAUAUCGAAACACAACGGCAUCAACAAACCUUAAACACACCAGGUCCAUCAUCAUCCUCCCUAUUAGAUAAUCAACCAUCGACUUCAUCGGGUUUUGAUGAUAAUAUGUCCCCGUCUACAAGUUCUAGGCGACGUAGUCGUACCACAACAACUUCUACCUCGAGAAAUAAACCAAAAAAGCGAAAACGACGAAGGCGUCGUCGACGAACUGGCGGUGUGAUUGAGUAUGAAAUUGAUGAAGAGUCUGGUGUUAAAUUUGCAUUAAAAGCAAAGAAACGUCGACGUCGUAAAAAGAAAGUUAAACGAUUACGUCGUACGGUUAGUGCAGCCCCAAAAACUGUUAAACGACGUUUAGCCAAUCAAUUAGGAAUAUAUGCGAAUUCAGGAGCUUUGAAACCAAAACAAGUGAAUAAUAAUGUACUUGGUUUUCAACGAAGCCAAGCUGGUAUUACAUCAGUUUCUUUGUUUGGAAAUCGUAAUGAAUUAGAUUAUUUUUCUGAUAGUGAUAAUAACGACGAUGGUGGUGGUGCUGAUAUCUUUUUAGGUGGUUCAGCUGGUUCAAGUAUAUUAGCACGUGCUCGACCUGCAUCAGCAAUCAGUUUACGUCCACAACAUCGGCAUAAACUUAAAACAUUAUCUGUCCCAAGUCCACCAGCAGCUACAACACCAUGUGAUAUUCUAGGAAGUAUUUUAGAUCAACAAUCAAAAUUCUUAUCAAAAAAUGCAAAAUUAUCAGUUGGUGAAAAUGGAACAAUUGUAAUUGAUGCUGAAACAAAUUCAAAACUUCCUACCGAGCAAAAAGUCGACGUACAAUCCUCUUCAAAUACUAAAUCCACAACACAAGUUCCUAUGUAUCCUGGAUAUGGGAAUAGUGGAAAUCGUUCCUCGUAUGGAGGAUCAUCUUCAUUUAAUAAUAAUCGUGGUGGUAAUUCCUAUAAUCGUGGUGGUGGUGGUGGCAGCAGCGGUGGUGGGGGUAAUUAUGGUGGUAAUAAUUAUGGAAAUAAUAGUUUCCGUGGUCGAGGAGGUGGUACCAGUGGUUAUGGUGGUAAUAACCAGUAUGAUUCACGUGGCGAUAACAAUCGAUAUAUGGAUUUCUUAAAUCGUGGACCAUCGUCGUAUCAACAAUCACGUGGUGGACCACCAUUUCAACGGGGACGUGGUGCACCACGUUUUCCAUCAACACGACGACCAAAUGAGAAUAAUUAUCAAAGGCAUAGUUUCCCAUUUGAUCAGCACACUCAACAAGAAUUAGAUCUAUCAUCGACGUCCGGUAGUAAUGUACAAGAUCAUGAAAUAUCACGAUCUAGUGAGACUCACCGUCAACCACCACCAGAUACAAGUAAUCAUCCACAAGAUCAUACAUCGUCGAUGAUGUCCACUACAACUACUUCGUCGUAUGACGAAGAUGCUAAUAAUGAUGAUUUGGAUAUUUACAGUGAUAUCGAAACAAAAGAUACAGGAACAUCAUCUCCAUCGAAUGAAGUUGUUGGAAGCUCAGCUCCUACAUUAGUACCCCCACCAAUGCCUCCAUCAUUACCUGGAAUAGUUUAUGGGAGUGAUUCAGACGUAAAUGACAGUGACACAGAGCUAGUUAUUGAUGACACAGAUAAACAAGAUGAUGGAUACGAUCCGGCUGAACCAUCGGCUGAAACUGAUAGUGAACCAGAUAUUUCAACAUCUUCGACAACGGUUCCUCCACCAUCUCAAUCUGCUGAAUCCGAACAAAUAGUAGCAUCAACUUCUGGUGAAGAUGAAGGUAAAAUUAUUGGUCCACAAUUACCAGAAGAAAUGAGAAAAUUAUUAGUUAACGAGGAAACACAACAACUUCCACCAGUGAAUGUUGUUCAACCACGUAUCAUACUUUUGCAACCGAAAUCAGUGAACGAAGUCGGUGAAGAUGCCGAAGAUAGUGGAGAUGAUGAUCGAUGUCCAAAUAUGUCAAUUUAUUCGUCACAAAACUUUGCAAAUUACGAUGAAGAUGUUGGACCUGCUGGAGAAGCAACAUUGCCAAAUGAAGAGAAAGAAAAGAAAGAUGAUAACGACGAUGAUUGUCCAAACUUUUCCAUUUAUUCCGCUGAAAGUAUGGGCGUUGCAAAAGUUACCGAUGACGAUGAUAUAGUAAUACCAAGCACUGCGUCCGUUGAAGCGGAAUCAAGUGGUGAUAAACCAGCGGAAUCAAGAGAUGAUGAACCAGAUUCCGUACAAAAUGAUGAAGUUGAAUCGAGCACAACAGAUUUUGAAAAAGAUUCAAUUUCAUCGUUACCAUUACCACCUGGACCAGCACCGCCACCAGCAGUUGUUGCUACGACUGUCGAUGAAGAAAAGCAGGAAGAACCUGAUUCGGGUAUACAAAAUGCUGAACCCGAUUCAAAUAACAUGGAAAAAUGUGAACCUGAAUUAACAGAUAGUGAAAAUGAGAAUCAAAGUGAAGAAAUAUCAACGACCACAACACAGAAGGUUGACGAAUCGUCGACAUCUUCAGCAACACCUGCAAAAAAAUUACCGGUUAAGAUUGAUGCAAAUAUGAAGAAAGAUUUAGAUCGAAAACCGACAAGUAGUAGUUCUAUGCGAAUUUUACAAUUGUAUGACGAUAGUGAUUUUGAAGAAUGGUCUGAAGGUGGUGCUCCACCACCUGGAGCAUCUACAGAUAAAGAUGCACCAUCUAAGGAAUCUACCGAUAAUAAUGUUAUGGCUGAAAUUGAAAAAAUGACAGAAGCUGUUAGUGAAGAAGAGGAACGAUGUUAUACACCAUGUAUGGACGAAAAGAAAGAUGGCAAAGACGGAAAUGAUCGGAACGAAUCACUAGGUAUUGGUGGGCUGGAUACAGAAAUGGUCUCAGAAGAUGAGAAAAAUGAUUUUGAUGAAUCACAUGAAAUGAAAACUGCAUCUGAUGGUGAAGCUUUGGAAAUUAAUGCCAAGGAUCAUGAACUUGAUUUAGCGGCACGUCCUGAAGAUUAUGAAGAAGGUGAAAUAGUUGAGGGUGCUGCUAAUGCAGCCGCUAAAGCUGCGAAAGCAGAUCCAAAACCAGCACCUACUGAACCCCCUGUACAAGAACAAAUUGUUUUAACUGACGAUAACGAAGAAGUACCAUCUGAAGCUCCAGUUAAAGAUAAGAAAAAGAAAUCAGGACUAUCUAGUGCUGUAAAUUCAUCGUUUAAGAAAGUUAGUAAAAAUACAAAAGAACGUAAUUAUCGUGAUAAAGAAAACAAUCGUGACAAUCGUGAUCGUAGUAAAUCUAAAGAUAAAAAAUCAGGUAAAGAUCGUAAUUCUGGUAACGCUGGUGAUAAAAAGAAUCAAAAAAAGAAAAAAGAGAAAAAGAAAGAAUUAGAACGGUACGAUGUACGUAAUGUAAUUGGAUUACGUGCGAAAAAGGAUAUGUUUGGACGUGAUGAAACACGACAUCGUUCUCAAUCACCGGCUGGCGCUGGUAAUGAAAAUCGACGAAGAAAAGAAAAUUCAUGGGAUCGAUCAUCUUCACGAUCAUUCACACCACCGGCAUCACGUAAUCGUCGACGUACAACAGUGACACCACCACCACGUCGACGAAAAUCAUCCUCACGUAGUCUGUCACCACGAACACGACGCUCUGUUACACCAAUUGUACGUGGUGCUCGUCGUAGAUCAUUUUCUCGACGACGUACGCUGUCACCGCGUCGUCGAAGCUUAUCAAAUCAUAGAAGAUCAUUAACUCCACCACCAACACGUCGACGUUCAUCAGGACGAUCGCGUUCAUAUUCACCACGUCGUAAUAAACGAUCAGUAUCACGUUCACGUAGUUAUUCACCAUACCGUCCACGUUCAACUCGACGUAGUCGUAGCCCGUUACAUGCAAAUAAACGUCGUAAAUCACGAUCGCGAUCUCGAUCAAAUGCUCCAGCAAAUAAAAAUCGUUAUCGCAAACAACAUAACGUCCCGAAAUCGAAGUCUACAACUAAUAAGAAAUCAAAGAAAAACAAAAAGAAGAAGAGUGUUUCUCCCGAUGAUCAUCGUAGCCGAUUAUCGUUAUCAGCAACACCACCGUUACAUCGUAACGUUGAUAAUCCAAAUAUCACGCAAACACAAACUGAAUGGGUGGGUGGCGGAGGUACCCGAUAUCGUCGUGAUUGGACACCAUCAUGGUCUCGAUCUCCAUCACCCCAUCAACGGAUACAACGUUCGAAUGUACAAAAUAUAGCUACUUGGACACCACCCUUACACUAUAAUGAAGCCGCGACAACAGCCCUUCCAUCAUCACCGAAACUCACUGUAUAUUUACGGAAUAAUGAAGCGAUACGUAAGAAAAAGGAUAAGAAGAAAAAGAGUGGAGAAAAGCGUAACAAAGAUGCCACAUCAGGCAAAUCUAAACGUCGUCGUCUUGAACAACGUCAACGUACUCCACCUCCAUCAAAGGAAGUAUUCGCAUCUGGUGAUAAUAUUUUAGUAAGCGUUAGUUUUCCCAAAGUCAAUGAAAAUAAUGGCAACGGUGUGGCAAAUGUCCGAGACGUUAUAUCAUCGUCUGGUAAACGUAAACGUGGUGAUUUAGACGGAGAUGGCUCUAAUAAAAAGAAAAAGAGUAACAAAGACAAAUCGAAAAAGAGUGGUGAUAAAUCAAAAAAGAAGAAAAAGGAUACAUCAAAUAUUAAACCAGUAGCAAUAAUUGAUUUAGAUCAAUCGCCGUUCAAGGAAGUAGCACCAUCACCACGUGACGUUAUUAUAUUAAGUGACAGUGACAACGGUGAAAAAGAGGCUGAAUUAAUGGAACGACAAGAAAUGUUACGUGAAGAACUAUUAGAAAUGGAAGAGGAGAAUAAUUCUGUACCACAAUCUCCAACGGAAAAUAAUUACACAAGUGGUCCAAAAACUCCACCAGAACCACAAAUUAAAUUCUUAAUACAAAAACCAACACAAUUAAUACGAAAUGUACAAAAUCCAUUACACGAUGAUCAAGAUGACGAAGACGAUGAUGUUGGACCCGAAGAGGAUAUGAUUGAUCCACAAGAAGAAUUGGAAUUACGUCUAAAUGAAGUUAUGCAUAAAGGACCAAACACACCACCAGAACCACCUAGUUCACCACCAAGCUCUCCAGAUGUUUAUGAUCCAUUUGAACCUACUAAAUCACGAUCACCGUCCCCAACUGAACCUCCAGUGGCGAGUAGUGAUGUUGAUCCAAUCUCCACAAAAGCUACUCCACCUGACAUUGCUGAAUCAGAGUCCUCGUUGGUUGAUUUAGCAGUUGGUCCACUUGAAAAACCAAGCACAAAUUUAAAUAGCGCAACGGAACCAACUCCUAUUCAACGGGUACUAUCGAUAUUAAAUCCAAAACAAGGGGCAACACCAGAACUUUCACCACCUACACCAAACACCGCAACUGUAUCUGAACAGGACUCACAAACACGAACAUCACCAGAGAAAUCAUUAGAUUCUGCUACGAAUAUCGUAAAUAACGCAACAACAUCGACUACAUCAGCGAAAACUUCGAAUUCUCAGCCACCUCCAGCGAUUGUUAAACCAAUGGUGUCAUCAAUGAUGACAUCACAAGCGGCCACAAUGAUGAUCACAUCAACACCAGUUGUACAGAGUGUCGCAGGACAAGCACGACAAAAUAUAUUUAAUAACGCAAGUGGGGCACGUAAUACAGCCACAUCUUCGUCAAUUCCACAAAGGAUUGUUUUACCAAACGCAGCGAAUAAAUCAAGUCCUACCAAAGCGGUGUCAUCCACAACAAAAGGUCCAAUUACAUCCAAACCGAUUAAACCGAUGCAAAAGACAAUUAUAUCAAAAUUACCAUUACCGUCAACCAAACCGUAUGUACCGAGUAGGCAAUUAAAGAAAAGCGGUACUGUACAGCCACAGAAACAAAAUAAUCGUAAUAAUAAUAAUGAAAAUGGUAUUGAAGUGAUUGAUGUGGAUCUGGAUUUUGAUUCGCCAUAUUCACCUGGUUCAAGUGAUUUUGAAGAUUUGUUUGAACCACCAAUGGAGAUUCAAUCAAAUAAUAAGGGUUCACGUUCAAAUAAUACUAAAAAUACUAAAUCACCCGCCAAAAAUAGUAAUCCAAAUAAUCAAAAUGCAUUCGAUUCAUUGUUUGGUAAUUCACCGGUUUAUAAACCAUCAGCUAUUAAUAAUAAGAAAUCGAAGAGUGGAACAGCGAUGAAAAUACCUGUUAAAUAUGAUAAGAAACAGAAAGGAGGUAAACAAGUUGGUGUCAAAUUAGAUGAAGAUAGUUUAAAAAUUUUAGAUGAUUUACCCAGUUCUGCUGUUGAACUACAAGUUAAAAAUAAGUUCUUAAAGAAAUUGAAUCGACAAGAACGUGUUGUUGAAGAAGUAAAACUUGUAUUAAAACCACAUUAUAAUAAGAAACAUGUUACUAAGGAACAAUAUAAAGAUAUUUUACGACGAUCUGUACCAAAGAUUUGUCACAAUAAAUCUGGUGAAAUAAAUCCAAAGAAAAUUCAAUCUCUAAUAGAUGCGUACGUGCGUAGAGCACGUAUUGCAAAUCGUAAAAAUAGUGGUAACACCGGUGGUGUUACAAAUAGUGGUGUCAACAAUAACAACGCUGUACAAACGAAUUCAUCAAUGCCACAAACAUUACCAAAACCAAUCGUGGAUCUUCUACCGUUUAAGAGAAUGUUUCAAUCGUGAAGACACCAGGAAGGCGAAAAUGCAAAGAGAGUUGCAUCCUUGAAUCUAAAUCUUCUCCAGUUUCAGAAAAAUGGAGAAGAAUACGGAAAAUCUCUUGAUAGAAUAACAGUGCGGUGUUUGAGGGUUCUGCUGACAAAAGCAGGGAGUACUGUUAUACCAUUCCGUGGACAAAGGGCUUAAGUUGGACUAUUCAAACAUAUAACAACUACAAGACUAAAAGAGACAUAAAAGAAGGCCAUUUAUUUCCUGUUGUGUUCGUUCAUAAGUAUCAAAUUUUAUACCCUGUGUAUUGUCUGUCUGUCUUUACUGUCUGCACUUCUGAACAACUAACUCAAUUUUAAUUGUACGGAAAAAUAGAGAAUAGUAUAGGUCUGAAGCAGUGGUCCCAAACCUUUUUUUGUCUCGUAGACCAUUUGCCCUUUUUUCAUGACAGACCCUUUGCUACGCAAUGUCGGAUUAAGAUAGCGUGGGGCCCGUAACAAAUUGUAUUAUCAGCCGACAUUUCAUUUACUUGUCCGUAUCCUUUCCCUUUUUCUUUAUCAACAACGAGUUCUUUAUAAUUUUUGUACCUUUAAUCCUUCUAUCAUCAACAAACUGGCGUUAUGAUCGAAGCUCUUUCUCAAAAUUUUUUCACCCCGAGUUCGAGGGCCCUCAGUUAUGCAAUGCCUGUAUAUAUGUACAAUAAUUAUUUUUUAUAGAUCUCUUGUUUUCACUACCGAAGACCCCUUUUUAUUUCCAUAGACUCCUUAUGGACCACUUUUGGAUCAAUCUUGUUUCAAAAGGUCUGUUUUAAAAGUGUAAAUAGGUUGUAUAAGGAGACUGAAUUUGUAAGGCUGGAUAUUUGGAUACCUGAAGCGUUUACCGCGUUUGCUAAUUAAUUUAUCAAUAAUCAAUAAUUUUAAAAAAUUUAUUAUUUUACAAGCAUCAAGUGUUGAUUAUUUCAUUGGAGGUUCGAUAUUAUUUC